AUGGCGGAUGAAACAAGCGGGGUUCAGCGAUCAGUUGGUAAAAUAAAGCAGUGGAUUGGUUGGUCUUGGACAUAUCUGUGGGGAUUUUGGUUCCUUCUCGUCAUUUUUCUACUCUAUGUACUCCGCACGCCUCUUCGCUUGAAAGAAAACUUGAACCUAGCUAUAUUGUUUCUCAACACACUGACUCCAAAGUUCUAUGUGGCUCUUACGGGAACCUCAUCAUUUAUCUCAGGAAUUAUUCUUAUAUUUGAGUGGUGGUACUUUCGAAAGUAUGGAACAUCCUUUAUAGAGCAUGUGUCACUGUCACAUCUUGGGCCCCUACUGGGAAGCUCUGACAGCCCUCCACAGAAUACACAACAGAAUGUUGCAGAAUGUAAAGUGUGGAGAAAUCCCGGGAAUCUUUUCCGAGGAGCAGAGUACAAUAGGUAUUACUGGGUGACAGGGAAGGAGCCAUUAACCUAUUAUGACAUGAAUUUAUCAGCCCAGGAUCACCAGACCUUCUUUACUUGUGAUGCUGAUGCUGAAAGCUCUGAUCCUUCUGACGAGUUAAUGUUAAGAGCAUGGAGAGAAAGAGAUCAAGAAAAGAGAAUCCAGACAGCUCACCAAGCUUUAGAACACAAUUCUAAUAGUCCAACAGCACUUAUUUUAUUAGCUGAGGAGGAGGCCCAAACAAUUUUAGAGGAAGAGACACCAAUGUUUGUGUUUAUAUAAGACGAAGGCUAGCCAUGUGUGCAAGGAAGCUUGGCAGAGUAAAAGAAGCUAUUAAAAUGAUGCGAGAUCUCAUGAAAGAGUUUCCUCUUAUGAGCGUUCUUAACAUCCAUGAGAAUCUUCUGGAAGCUCUGCUUGAGAUGCAGACUUACUCAGAAGUACAGCAAGUUUUAGCAAAAUACGAUGAUAUAAGUCUUCCAAAGUCAGCAACAAUAUGCUACUCUGCUGCACUUCUCAAGGCCAGGGCUGUUUGUGACAAAUUCUCCCCUGAAAUUGCAGCAAAAAGAGGACUAAGUCCCGCAGAAAUGGCUGCAGUAGAAGCCAUACACAGAGCGGUGGAAUUUAACCCUCAUGUUCCUAAAUAUCUCCUGGAACAGAAGAGUUUGAUUCUUCCUCCAGAGCAUAUUUUAAAACGAGGAGACAGUGAAGCGAUAGCCUACGCGUUCUUUCAUUUACCUCACUGGAAAAGAGUGGAAGGCGCACUCAAUUUACUUCACUGUACUUGGGAAGGAACAUUUCGUCUCGUCCCCUACCCCCUGGAGAAGGGACACUUAUUUCAUCCCUACCCAGCAUGCACCGAGAACGCUGACAGAGAACUUCUUCCAAAUCAUCACGAAUUGUCCGUUUAUCCCAAAAAAGAACUCCCUUUCUUCAUUCUUUUUACCGCUGCCCUCUGUUCGUUCACUGCAAUGCUGGCUCUUCUCACUCACCAGUUCCCCGAGCCCAUGGCUAACGCGGCCAAAACGUGCUUGAGCUGGAUUUCAACACCUUUAAACCUAAUCAUACAGAAGUUUGAAGACUUUUUUCCGGCCCAUAUUUGGCACCAGUUGACGCGCAUCUAAAUGGUUAUUGGUCCAGGCACGCGCUAUUGUCCUCGCACUCUGAUUGGCUGUCUUCAUUCCAUAUUCGGAUGCAUAUGGCACGUGAUUUUCUCGUGUUUAUUCUUCCCUCGUCCUCUUAUUGUGCGACAAAUUAAACCGUAUUUAAACCAAUUCCCGUUUAUUUUCGAAAAGGAAAGAUUUAUUAAAGACGAUUUAUGUUAUGUUCUUCACUAACACCGAACUCUAUAAAAAUUGAGUAAGUUCCUUAUGGAGACGUUUUUUUUUCUCUAGUCCCUUGUUGUGAAAGAUAAACGGGAAAAGGAAACAGUUCCUUCUAUACGUUGAAUAUAGUUGAAUAGAAAACAUAUUUCGUCCAA